CGAAGAGAAAAAGGAUUUUUUUUUUUUGGGUCGCUGCUUUACUCUAAAUCCCCAAUUGAACUGUCAAACAAUUCUAAGCAUCUACGAAAGGGAGAAGCUUUAAUCUCUGCAAAGGUUGUUAAGAGGAAGAAAAGAAUGGGUUUCAUAAUGGAAUUCGCAGAGAAUUUGAUUCUUAGGUUGAUGGAGGAUCCGGAGGAGAGAGAUCGGAAGUUCAGAGAACACGUUUACGCGGUGAAAGACCAGUGCAUCAAGACGAAGGAGAUGUGGAGCUAUCCUCUGCGUCCGUACGGAUUCUGGACCUUUGAGCGCCACAACGCCCAGCUCCGUUGGGAUGCUCAGAUCAGCCAGGUUCCCGGCCGGAGGGACCCUUACGACGACCUCCUUCAACAGACCUACAAAGCCUCCUCCAAAUGAGCAUGUAGAUAAUUAUCUGCGGGAUGAGUUAGAGGUCUCUUUGAAGAAGAAGGCGAGUCGACGCUUGUUCUGCUAUUGUCUUGAGAUUUAUUGUCACGUGUGCUGCUGCACUGUCAGCUCGGACUUAAAAGACUAUCCUAUGUUUCAAUAAAGCAUCGCAAAUCUGUUAACAUGGAAUAUUUUUUCAAAUGUAACUUUGUCAAGUUAUAAGUUUGAGUGACAUUCCCUCCUUUUAUAAUUUUUUUUGUUUAUCUU